AUGGAGGAGAUGGCGCCUGGGUCGGUGGGUGAGUCAGCAGGCGUCAUGUCACCAUUCCGGGUGCUCUUGAUGGAGCUCGAGGCACUUCACGUGGAAGAGACCAAGAGGCUUCAGGCCGAAGUGGCAGCACUCCACAAGCUAACGGCUUUGCAGCCGUAUCCUCGUAUGUCGCCACCUGUGUUUCCCAUUGCAAGGGAGGACUCCCGACGUUUGCCUUCCGCUUCAGAGAAGGGUCUUGUCAGGGAGUCUUGCACACUAGUGGAAAAGGACGAAGAUGAGCCUAGCACAACAGACUGCAGGGCCGAAGUGGCUGAAGCCGAACAGCCCGUCCCAAACAAGCAACGCCGCAACUCCCGCCACUCGGGAACCGGUUCGGCUUCACCCAAAUUCAAGAAAGGCUUCUCAGCCUCGAGCCUUAUGAGCUCGCUGAUGUCGAUGGCAUCUCUUCAUUCAAAUCAGGCCAUAGACCUCGGUGAGGAUUCUGGUGAGCUUGUGGAGGUCAACACCAGAGAGGCUGACAGGGCAUUCUACGAGCGCUUCGGAAAUGUGUUCCUCGGAAAUACUUUUGAGAUGGGAAUUGCGGUAAUUCUACUUCUCAAUCUUCUCCUUAUGGCUGCUCAGCUGCAGUACGAUGGCUUGAAGUUCGGCUAUGAAAUCGGGUACAAAGAUUAUCUUCUGCCAGCUGAAGAGUAUUGGCCGAACGUGGCUUCGUUGUUUGUCGUUGGAGACAUCAUUUUCGCGGUCAUUUUCACAGUUGAGAUGUUGAUUCGCCUGUUCUGGAUUCGCUGCCUUGCAUUCUUCAGACACUGGCUGAACUGGAUAGACUUCAUUGUGGUUUGCAGCUCUUGGGCCGAGCUCUUUGCAUCCGCACUGCCCAUCAGCCCUACAUUUCUGCGCAUGCUCCGCUUGGGAAAGCUCUUACGAGCCCUCCGCGUGGUGAAGAUGUCGCAGGUCCUGGAGUCACUGCAGCUCUUGCUCAAGUGCAUAGCUGCCAGCGUCCGGAUUCUCUUUUGGUCCUUGGUCCUCCUGAUGAUUAUUCAGUGCAGCGCAGGAAUGACAAUCUCCUACAUGGUUAGUGAGCUCUGGACUGACCCUGACGUGAGUGAGGACAGUAAGUUUCAAGUCUUCCGUUACUAUGGAACAUUCUCCAAAACGCUGCUGACGAUGUUUGAGGUGUUAUUUGCCAACUGGGCUCCUGCCUGCAGAGUACUCAUAGACAAUGUGAGCGAAUGGUUUUCGGCAGUUUUCAUCGUCUACAGGUGCUUCGUGGGAUUUGCAGUUCUGAAUGUUGUGAACGCGGUCUUUGUGCAGAGCACCAUGAAGGUAGCCCAAGCAGACGAUGAGUUUUUGGCACGGGAGAAGCAGCGAGCUCAAGAUGCGUAUUGCCGGAGAUUAACGAACCUGUUCAAGCAAGUUGAUUCUUCUGGUGAUGGAAAGAUUGACAUCCAGGAGUUCGCGGACCUUCUCGAGAACCCCAAGCUUCAGAUCUGGCUUGGACAGCUGGAGAUAGAGACAACAGAUCUUGUCGGCCUCUUCCAGAUGCUAGAUGAUGGAGACGGUGAGAUUUCAUUGGAGGAGUUCGAGGCUGGGAUCAUUCGCAUGAAAGGCUACGCGCGAAGCAUCGACCUCAACAAGCUUGACCGUCAAAUGCAAAAGAUGCACGAGAAGGUCGAUAUGCUGGUCAACGCAUCGGCGUUGACUGGGGUGGUGCUUCCAAAGCCUGCCAAGAAGUUUUUGCAGUCGCCAACUACGUCAGCAGUCUCUGCCCCUCGAGGCAAAGACAUCGUCUGA